GGCAUCCUCUCCCAGAGAAGCCUGCCCCAUCAUUCCGACCCGCGUCUCUGGAAGUUGUGAUGUUGUUGUCCACCGAUGUGGGCACGCGUGGCGUGCGUCAGGGGCGUGCUGGCAGGUGUGGCAGCUCUUCGUGCCGACUGUGCGGGCGUGUGGGGCCCGAUGCGGCCCACAGAUGUCUCUCAGGCCUGUGCGUUCCGUAUACACUGUGGCUCAUGCUGUGGCUCAAGCUGUGAACGAUUCAUCGGCGCAGGCGCAGCAUGGCAAAGCAUGGAAGCUGCGGUAUUUGACGGAGAGGCUGAAGAAGCCUCAGACGCGAGGAAGAAGCUGCCCCCGUGGGCCAGCAACCUGGAGGACAGCGUGAACAAGCGCCUCCUCAUCAUCCUGCGAGACGACAGGAAGCUCUUCGGGUGGCUGAGGAGCUUCGACCAGUUCGCGAACCUGCUGGUGGAGCACACCGUGGAGCGCCACAUCCUCCUCGAGGAAAAGCUGUAUGCGGACGUCUACCUCGGCACGAUGCUCGUGCGCGGGGAGAACGUGUGCCUCUUCGGCGAGGCCGCGGAGGACGCACCCGGCGAGGGCCCGCUGCACGAGGCGCCCCUGGCGUACGUGCUCCAGCGCGAGGCCGAGCAGGAGGCCGCGGAGCAGGCCCGCGGCGUGCGGCGGCCGCUGGACGCCUUCGCCGAUCCCGCGGAGGCCUAGCGGGCACCCUGACGGUAUCCGCGGCGGGCUCCGCGGCGCGAGCGCCGCGCGGGCGCGUAAUUUGCAGCGUCGCAGUCGGUGCCGGUCAGUCCGAAGGGGCGCGAUAUCGUUCGGGG